AUGCUGCUGUUCUGGGGGUCACUGCUAUGCUGGGGGCUGCUGCCCCAGGCCCCAGGGGAGGCCCAGCACCUAGUCUUCUUGCGCUUCAGCAAGGAUCAGCUGGAAACAGACAUUUCAGGCCUGCUCUCGAAACACCAUGUCCUGGACCGUGUGGCCAGGAUCCCUGUGAUGGGGGCCACAAGUGAAGGAGUCGCCAUCCUGGACCACCUGCCCUUCGUAAGAGAAGGCCUCUCCAAAGAGAGCAGUGGGCUUGAUCUGUUGCUGGUCUGGGACCUGCUCUCGGGGCAGAGCUUCCCCCUGCUGGGGGAGCUGCUCCAGUUGGGUGGGUUGGUCACAGAAGAUGCCAAAGGCCCUGAUGUCACCCUACAAAUCCUGAUUGACAGCUUGCUGCAAGUCACAUUGCGAAGCAAACUGUACCUCUCGCUCUAGAGGAUCCUGCGGUUCAAAGUCACCAACAACAUCUGCAUCGGGGUACGGCUGGAGCAGACGGGGAACAAGACCAAUGUGGCCUUUGAGGAGUGCCACACCCCACCAGGAUACCUGAGCACUGAGGUUCUGGAGCAGAUGGACCCCCUCUGGGUGAACAAAGCUCUGGGUUUAGUGACAGAUGUCCUGGAUGAGGCAUUGCCCUUCCUCCUACAGAAGAUAGGGUGUCCCCUGGCCACAGCCCUGCUCAACUCGCUGCUGGAAGACCUGUUACACAUCACUCUGACCCCAGCCAUCUCCGGCCGGGAAGAUUUCCAGCACUAUGUCACCAGCACAGAAUUCACGGAGGAGGCCAUCCUGAUGAAAGUCCAGGUGAGCACUUAUGAUCCCUGCAGCCCAGGCCAGAGAGCCCCAAGGCCUGACCACCUGGCCCCCAAGCCCCUCCCAAAGUUAGCCCCGGGCAGCCUGGCAGACCUGGUCUUUUCACUGCAAACCUACAAUGACAUCCUGUCCUGCCUCUACACCAGCAAGGAGAUACAUGUGAACCUCCAGGACCCCAUGGUGUGGCAGCUCUGA